GCAUUAGGCUGGAGCAGUACUCACGCGGACACUGAACGUCAUGUGUGAGUAUAAAUACCACGUGACGUGCGUGCUGUCACGUCCUGUUCAUGUAAAAGACAAUGUGUGCCAGUUUGGAGUUGUGUGGUAUCUGUAUUUCGUGUAAUAAAUCAAAUUCAUGAACUUUAUAAGUGAGAUUUCUGAAAACGUGGGAUUAUAACAUCAUAAUAUUCGAAAAGUUUAAUUUUGAAAAAGAAACUUGAAAAAUGAAUAUGUUCUAAGAAUUAUUCUAUUCUUUGAAAAGUGGAGUAAAAAUAUCGCAUUGAAAUUUUUACCAUUGAUGAAAUGUUUUCUAUCACAAACAUCACCAAGUGGGUGAUUUCUUGAGGUGGCCGGAUAAAACUUAGAUUGUCACGACCAAGUAUUGAAAGUUUCUGGUAUUAAAAAUGGCAUUACACAAUCUCGUUGCCUCUGGGAUAUUUCUGGCUUUAUUUUUACACCAGACGCGGGCAAAGGCCACAGGGCUCCGAGGGACGCUCUUCAGUGAUCAGACCUUUGUGCCAGAGAUUCUCCCACUCUCAGUGAAGCUGGCUAAAAACGAAACCGGAAACAUACAAGUCUCUGUGACCCUGAUGUACACAGACGACGCUCUGGUCAGGUGGUUUAUCAACGGUGCCAAGUCCAGCAUCAUAGGGGAGAAGACUAUACGAGUUGUAGACUCUGUUCCGGCUAUAUAUCUGCUAGAGUUCUCUGUUCCUGUGGCUGUGUUUCACCCUAACAUAUACACACCAAUCAGCGAGUUAGUGGGUGGGGAAGACGAAAUUUUCGAAGACGAAGAUUCAAACGUUUUUGCAAGCGAAAAUGAAAUAUAUAUCAAAUUUGAAUCCGGAAGUAUGUCAGAGGCGUCAGUUUUAAGGUUAAUGAUUGAUGAAGUUGAUGAUUUUGAAGACGAGGAUGAAACAGGGACAGUUUUAGAAGAAAGCGUGCCAGUUUUUCCUGUUAUGAAACAGCUAGACAAAGAUAAAAUAGUUGCUGUAUCAGGGGGGAUAACUCGGGUAGCUGUGAAUGUUUUGUUUACAAAAAACGAUUGGUUCACUGUCCGGGGCAUCGUUUACAACUCGACAAGCAACGAAGCUUUUAGUUCUCUAUGGGGUACGCUCUACGCUGGUGGUCCGUCUGAGUUUAUGAAGCUUUCCCCAGCCCACGAGAUCGAUUUAGGUAGCAGUUAUGAUGAUUAUGUCAGCUUAGCUCUCCCCGACGCUACCGGAAAGCAAACUUGGGUCUCUCAAAUCAUGAUUGAUAUACCAACACAUCAUAACGAUAUCAGCGGUGUGUAUAAGAUAAUCGCACAUCAUAAAACGGAAGAUGGAGAUUCGGACUAUCUGAUCGAGUCUAGUUUAGAACAAAGCUUCCUGUUACAGCGGGGUGGCCAGGAACACGGCCCGUUUCCGGUUGGGUUUCUUCAGUUCGAUGGCGGGAAAAACUACUCACAACAUACUUGCCAGAUUGGCGCCAAGUGUAUCGUGUCGUGUCGGGUGUUCGGGUCCAACAUCGAACACCUGGACCUGGAGCACAAAAAUCUGGCUAGCGAGUUUGUUAUGUUGGCCGAGGAACACGUGGAGAUUGGGGCGUUUGAAGGGUUGGUUUCUGCUGUCGUAGACUCCAGAGAUCCGGACAAAUCUGGCACUUACACUUGUGAGGCUGUCAGCGGUGCCACCAAAAUACAAAAGGAAAUCGACGUCAUCAUUACAAACUGAAAUAAAGAAAACAAUGUGCUCGAAU